UUGAAAGAAGGGCACCCCGCCCACACCCGUGUCCACACCCACACACCUUAUAAACAGACUGAACAGCUGCGCCGCCGUACGCACGACUCCUUUUGGCUCAGAUGUUUUUCUGAUGGUUGGCCGCGUCCUUCUUUUACCCGCAACGUUUUAAGUCGUGACCCGCGAUUUUCCCAGAGGAAAAAAAAAAAUGGCAGAGUGGAAGACGCAGGUAACUUACAACUACAACCCGUCUUAUCAUACCUACGCCUACAGUCUCGUGUACCAGACGGUACCCGAGCAGAAUCAUGGAAACCUGCCUGCCUGGGACGACAGCGGAGUCCCGGACUACAACGGCGAGGCGCCGCAGAACCUUUGCGCCGCCGUCGCGCCGAUUGCCACCAUGAACGGGAAAGAGUCCCCGCCGCGCAGCCCCGAGACCGUGACGGAAAGUUAUCAGGGUGCCGGACUCGUGUACCUCCGUGGCACCCAGGCGGACCACCAAGCUGAGGCCUAUGGAGACGGAGGGGGUGAGGCGAAGCGAGCCAGGAGCGACUCGGUCAGCGACUCUGAAGCGCACACUUCACCUGAUUCUUGGAGCUCUGUCAGCAGCCGUGAAGGAAGUCUUCCUCAGGUGGACCCCACUACCUGGGUUGAGAAGGAGGUUGAUGAGGAGCCCGUCAUCAGAAACCUGGAUGGCAAUGAGGAUGUUUCCAGCUCUUUCAUGGAGGACUCCCAAAACAUGGCCACACUCGGGAACGGGGACGGGAACAACUCAAUCCCUGCCCCCCUUCCUGACCCACAGAAGCCCAGCACCCUUACUGUAGCUAAUCCUAAAGUGAAGAGCCGGGCAGCCUUUACAGAGAGUCAGAUGAAUGCUCUCGUCCAGCGCUUCAGUGUUCAGCGUUACCUCACUCCAGCUGAGAUGAAGAACCUGGCAGACAUGACUGGACUGACCUAUAAACAGGUGAAGACCUGGUUUCAGAACCGGAGGAUGAAGCUCAGGAGGCAUCAGAAGGAUACCAGCUGGGUGUCAGAGCGCUAUACCAUCCACAAGGACACUUCCACGCACAGACCGGUCUUGUCCAACAUGGCCUCACACAUCCCACCUUAUCAAGGAGAUGGCCGGCCCCAGUUCAGGGAGCAUUACAACCAGCACGCGAUGGAGGCAGCUUUCAAGAAGACCCCACCAAAUCUGGCCUACUAUCUUGCUGCUGUGGGCAGCACACCUGGAUCUGCUGGUUAUCCACCUUGGUCCACUAAUGCGUCCCAGGCCAGUGUCUCAAACCAGCCCCAUAAUGCUAGGUGGGCUGUACCACAAGGGGGUGGCCCCUUUGAUUACAGCCCCAACACGUUCAACUCAAACGCCUACAUGCAUGCUGCACGCUUUGAAAGCAAAGAGGGGGAGCCUGUAAACAGCUCCCUAAACACAGCUGUAAUGCAUAAUGGAAACCAGUAGCUAGUGUGGGUAGUUACGGAAACCAUUAGUGAUUCAAUGAGAUGUUGAUGGUGAUUUUCAAAGUUGCUCACCUCAUUUUGUAGUGAAAUGUGAUUUUAAGCAGACUGCAUUGUUCUGUAUCUGAUUUCAAUGUACUAUUUUUUUCUUUUUUCCUCUUUGUUUUAUUUUUAUAUGCAACUAUUUUAUGUGUGUUUUGAAUGCUUCGUCACAGCAGAUGCGUCCAGUUUGGACGCAUUUUGAGCAAAAGGUUCACUGUGAUGCAAAGUAACAUACUUGACAUGCACAAUUUUGUAAAUGCGUUUUUUUAAAAAGAAAUGCAGGUACAAUUUACAAGUGUUGUCUUGUCAUUUUUGUGUCGAUGUAUGGCUAAGUUUUCACAAUCGGUUUUCUACAGUUUAAAAUCUUUUAGUGAGUGCUGGAGACAAAUUGAUUUUGAUCAUUUAUCUGUUGAAGAUUAAAGAUUUGAAUUUUUUUUUUUUUUUUUAACUCCAUUUGGAUUUUGUAGAUCAGAGUGAUGCUGGCUCAAACGUUGCCCAUCAUCUGGUUUUACAGCUUUGCAUUCAUAUGGAGUUUGAAUUCACUUCAACUUCCAAAGGAAGUUAUGAAAAUGAAAGCAAGCCAUAUUGCCCAGGGCUAAUUUUAAGUGUGAUUCCAUUGAAUGUUUUUACAACUAUGGCAGUUGUAAGGGAAUGAUGAAGACUUAUUUUUUUUCCUUCAUCUUUUUUUUUUUUUCCCCUUAUCACUGCACAUUAUAAAGUGAUAUUGUGACUCCUGUUAAAAUGUGUAUUUUCUUAUGUGCUUCCAUCACAUUCUGCAUUUUGGGAAAAUACUCUGUACAACAAGCUAAAUAUUACAUUGGCUUGUAAAAUGCAAGGGAAUGAGGGAAGUAGUCUUUUUGAACUGAUUGUUCCACCGACUGAUAUUGCAAUGAUAUUGUGCAGCCUUACCAUGCAGUACUUGGGCUACAUUGGUAAGGCUUAAUUGUGGCAUAUUUAAGCCUGUAUUGGAAAAGCAGAAUAAAAUUUGAGAUGUGACAUCA